AUGAGGGCGACCCGCGUCACACACCUCUUACUGCGUGUCUGCGCCCUGUCCUGCUUUAUCUUCCUGCUGUGUUCCACCUGCACCGGGGUCGGAGCCGGGCGGAAAAUGGCCUCUCAUCACCCCACGUUGAAGCGCAGCCGUCGGAGUCACCAGAGCGCGAAGCUCAAAGGCGCGCACCACCGGCCGCUGACGGACGAGCAGAAAGCGGACCAGAACCUGCAGUUCAUGCUCAGUUUGUACCAGAGCGCGGCCGGCCCGGAUGGCAGACCCAAGCAGCACCGGAAGUUCGGCUCCAACACGGUGCGCCUGCUUAGACCUUCGGCGUCGUCGGUGCACUACCUGCCCGCGUCAGGAGACCACUGCUACGCCUUCACAGUACAGUACAACCUUGACACUCUUCCCUCGGAGCAGCUGGUCAGAGCUUCCUUCAUCCACCUGCGCUCUUCUUCCUCCUCUGCCUCCACCACCUCCAGCACCGCCCAGGCCGUGGAGGCGCCCCGCUGCAGGGCUCAGAUCACCUCGCUGGGCGCCGAGAGCCUGGUCACCCUGGAGCCCCACGAGAGGUGGACGGAGACGGACAUCACCGCACACGUCAGCGGCCACGUCCAGCAGGGGAAGGACCAGGGCGCAGGGAGGCAUUUAACCCUCACUGCCCAGUAUUGGUGCACAGAACCUGGGCUCGCUGAAGAGGACAGCGGCCUCUCAUGGUGGUGGACUCAUCUUCAAGGGAGGAAACAGUGGAGCGGUGAACCCCACCUCGAAGUGCCCUCUCUUCUUCUGUACCUGGAGGAGGAGAGGGAGGUGAAGGACUGGAUGGGGGAGCUGCUUGGGGCUGAAGGAGAAAACAUCAUGAGGCAAAUUGGGCGGUGGCAACCUCCGCUUCGCCGCCACCGUCGCUCCAAAGACUCCUCCCCUUCAGAGCCAAAAGAUCCCUCACUGGAUGCUCUGAAAAAUGCUCCAUCCUCCUCCUCAUCUUUCUCCACCUCCCCCUCUGCUUCCAUCAUCCCUGACAUCCCCACCUACAAACGCAAGACCAGCAUGCCCAAGAACCGCUGCAAGCUCCACUCGUUCCGCCUGUCGUUCGACGAGCUCGGCUGGGGUCACUACUUCAUCGCUCCGCCGGUGUACAACCCCCGCUUCUGCCAGGGCGACUGCCCAAAGGUGCUGCACUACGGCUACCACUCCCCCAAUCACGCCAUCAUCCAGACGGUCAUCAACGAACUCGGCGUCGGGGACGUUCCACCCCCGUCCUGCGUGCCGUAUAAGUACAUGCCCAUGAGCGUGUUGGUGGUGCAAAAGAAGAAGGUGGAGUACAGGGAGCUGGAGGACAUGGUGGCUGAGUCCUGCACGUGUCGCUAA